UCUGACCGGAUGCGCGCCCAAGAAACAACACAGUUAUCAAAGAUGGCGAAACAUUGAUAACAAGAAGCCACAUGUUAUUUACAAAUAUUACUAUUUCGUGAAUAAGCUGCUGCAAAAAAACGUUCAGAAUCUUCAUAGCUAGCUAAGUAAUUGUGACCGGUAAAAAAAAAAAACAAGGGUUUAAAAUGUCUGAGACGAGUGUUUUACGUCAACGGAUAAGCUCUGUCAUGGACAUUCUAACCUCCGCUGCCGUGACAGAGAUUUGCAAAUUAGUAGAGGAUUGCUGUGGAGCGUUAAGUGUAGAAGUCUCUCAAAGCAAAGAGCAAAUCAAAAUGCUAGAGAAGCAACUCAGCCUGACCGAGUCGAGGUACAGGUCGGUGAGUUGCAAAGAAGGGCAAACGCUUGUUACCAGUGGUUCAUCGAGAACCAACAGUCCUUCCGGCAAUUCCCCCGCGGCUGAUGAUGAAGAUUUCCAGCAGUUCAUUGUCUCUGAGGAGGAGUUUUCCCCUGAGCAGCAGCAUUAUAAGCAGGAUUGGAGCCCCAGUCUGGGGCAAUAUAAUUGGAACCCCAUACAGAUUAAAGAGGAACAGGAGGAAUUCAGCGUCAUCCAGGAGGAGGAAGACUCAGUAUUCACUCCUGCCUGGGUGAAAAGUGACUAUGAUCAGUACCCAACUCAGUCCUCACAAACCCAAAGUGAAGAAUACAAAGACACAAUGGCCUUUACUGAAGAGAUCAAAACAGAACCUAAGGAAGAUGAUUCCUCAGAGCCAACCAGUGACUCUCAUCCCCAGUGCAAAUUGAAGAAGACAUGGACAGAAAAAGGACAAAGCUCGAAUGGUGGAAAAUCCCUGGAUCUGAAAUCACCAGUGCAAAGGAGAAGUCACACAGAAGAUAAAUCAUUUUGCUGUAGUGAUUGUGGUGAAUGUUUCACUCAGAUGGGAACACUGGAUUCUCAUAUGAGGACCCACAUACGGGAGAAAUCGUAUCACUGUCAGGAUUGUGACAAAGUGUUCACUCGGCUUGACCGCUUCAAAUUGCAUAGGAAGGCCCACACAGGAGAGAAACCACAUCGUUGUGGUGAAUGUGGCAAAUGUUUUUCUCAAGUUGGAUAUCUGAACUAUCACAUAAAGACUCACACAGGGGAGAAACCUCAUCGCUGUCAUGAUUGUGGCAAAUGUUUCUUUCGAGUUGGUGAGCUGACACUUCAUAGGAGGAUUCACACAGCUUUCCAGCAGAUCAUCGUCUCUGAAGAGGAGUUUUCCCCUGAGCAGCAGCACUGUAAGCAGGAGUUGAGCCCCAGUCUGGGGCAAGAUGACUGGAACCCCAUACAGAUUAAAGAGGAACAGGAGGAAUUCAGGAUCUUCCAGGAGGAGGAAGAAUCAGUAUUCACUCCUGCCUGGGUGAACUCAGUCCUCACACACCCAAAGUGAAGAAUAUGAAGACAAAAUGGCCUCUACUGAACAGAUCAAAACAGAAUCUAAGGAAGAGGAUUCCACAGAGAAAACAAGUGACUCUCAGCCCCUGCGCAAAUCGUAGAAGUUGGCUAUCUGAAUUAUCACGAGGAUCCACACAGGGGAUACAUAUUUAGCUGUAACGAUUGUGGCAAUUGUUUUCAUUUUGGCACUUGUCUGAAAAUCCACAUGAGGAUUCACACAGGGGAGAAAUAUCGCUGCCAGGUCUGUAGAAAAUGUUUUGCUCAGUGGUGAUCGGGAGUUCUCACGUUAGGAUUCAAAAAAGGGGGGAAGCCUUAUCGCUGUCAUUAGUGGCAAAUCAUAAUCCGACUACGCUAUGAGGGAAAUCAUAUUGCCGCUUUAGUAGCAGAUCUUUGAGCACUAGCGGUCACGUGACAGAUGAGCGAUACACCAUCAUGCUGUCAGGAUUGUUGGAAACGUUUCACGAAUUGUUCCAAUCUGAACUGGCAUGUGAGGAGACCAAGGGGAGAAACCACAUUCUACCAUGACUGUUGCACAGCUUUCACAAUUGUCUGUUAUUUGACAUUGCAUAUGGAAAUUCCCAGGAUAAAUCUGUCAUGCUUUAGUGCCAGAAGUACAUUGAUUUGUCAGAGAAUACCCACUGAGAAAAAAAAACAAAUGAUUGCUACAAAGCAAUGCCUAAGAAGACAUGUGGAAAGAAUGCGCAGAAACAUGACUGUGCCCUGUAUGGGGGAAGGGCAUCAAACAAGUUUGAGGCACAUUUUGUAACUUCUACCUGUGAGUGGCGAUGAGGAUAUGACUGGCUGUUAGUAAGACUACCAAUAUUGUUUAUAGUUUAACUUUCAAUGUGAACACCGCCAGACAAUCACUGCACAAGUGGGCUCCUAUCAAAGCUUGUUGGUGGAGGGAUAACCUCCAUCUUAAUCUGUCCUGUAUCAAUAAACUCGUUCAUAGCCCUUUUUCUCACUC